CAGUGGGCGGCGGGAUUUUUCCUGUUGUGGAUCGGGACGGAGUUGCGGCUCGUAAAGGCAGCGAGAAAAGGGUAUGGCAGUGACGAAGAAGUUCUCGAAAGGUCGUAUGUCGCGUUCGUUCCUCCACUUCCCUCCUCAGCUCUGCUUCCCACCUUCUUUCUUCCUCUGCCUUUCGCUGGUUUUCCUCUGCUUGUUUUUGUUCUUCCUCUGCCUUACGUUGGCUUUCCUCCGCCUGUCCCCUUAACUUCGCUUCCCGCUGUCGCUCUUCCUCUUGCCUUUUUCCGUUCUUGCUCCGCCUCUAAGAAGAGCGCCUUGUAAUCCGGUGAGCUGUUGCUAGCCAUAUACUCUAUGUGGAUGUGGAGUUGGGGGUGAUUAAAGAAGCUUCAUUUUAAUAGAGUCAAGGGGAGGAGAACGGACAAGCUGAAAAGAGAUGGGUUGUACGUGUUUGUGUCAGCUGACCAUGAAUUCGGCUAAUGUUUUCUUGCAUAAAAAUAAGCCUGCCCAUUGGACCUGUUAAGGCUUCCUCGAACUUGUAAUGUUAAUUAAUGAAGAAAACAUAUGAUUCCCACAUUUAGAAUCCAGAGAAAAUCCCCGGGGACCAAAGCUCUACGGUCUUCUUUUCUGGUCAACACUCAUGUAUUUGAACAAUCCUGAUCCUCGGGUCGCCACGGGAUUGAUUGCUCCAUCCGCUAAUUAUAAUGCUAAACUUAUUUCGGAUGGGGUUGUGGCCCACCCAAUCAGCAAGAAAACGUC